AUGAUCUGGAGACUCUCUAAUCAAUGUGAUAAGACUGCAGGGGUGGUGGACUUCCAGGUCGGGAGCGGGAGCGGCAGCCAUUCUGGUUUAGGAUUUGGAUUAUUGGCCUCUGCAGGGUCUACUGCUGUACCCACUGGAUCAUUAGCCUCAACCUUCAGUCAGGUAUCUGCCUUGUCUUUUGGCCCAAAACUCUCAGCAGCAACUUCUGCUCCUACCACCACUUCUAGGCCUACAUUGUUUGCUUCCAUAGCAAAUUCUUCCCUUCCAGUCUUUUCUGCCCCAACCCUCUCAGUUAGAGCCCCAUCCACUUCAGUUGCAGCACCUGCUCUUGGAGUAUUGGGAUUUGGAUUAAAACUUCCUAGCUCGACAAGUGCAGCCACAUCUACUACCACUAUUACGACUUCAACUACCACCACAGGCUUUGCCUUGAAUCUAAAGCCACUGAGUACACCUGGCACUGGCAUCAUCCCUUCCACCUGUGCCACUUUGCCCUCAGCUACCACAGCUCCAAGUAUAACCCCUGUGAUGACUUACCCUCAGCUGGAAAGUUUGAUCAAUAAAUGGAGUCUCGAACUGGAGGACCAAGAGAAACACUUCCUUCAGCAGGCCACCCUGAAUGCUUGGGACUGGACAUUAAUUGAGAAUGGUGAGAAGAUUACUUCUUUACACAGAGCAGUAGAGAAAGUGAAGCUGGAUCAGAAAAGGUUGGACCAAGAAUCAGACUUCAUCCUGUCACAGCAGAAAGGACUAGAGGACCUGCUGGCUCCUCUGGAGGAGGCUGUGAAGGAGCAGAGGGGAACUAUCUAUUUGCAGCAUGCAGAUGAGGAGCUAGAGAAAACUUAUAAACUAGCAGAGAAUAUAGAUGCUCAACUGAAGCGCAUGGCCCAAGACCUCAAGGACAUUAUUGAGCACCUGAAUAUGUGUGAAGGGCCUCCUGACACCAGCGACCCGCUCCAGCAGAUCUGUAACAUUUUGAAUGCACAUAUGGAUUCCCUUCAACGGAUUGAUCAAAAUUCAGCCCUGUUGCAGCAGAAGGUGGAAGAGGUAUCAAAGGUUUGCAGGAGUCAUGACAAGGAGCAGGAACGCAGCUACCGGAUCGUGUUUGAUUAA